AGAAAAGGAAAAUGGAGAAGAGAAAUGCUCUGCCAUUUUCGCCUUCCUCCUCCCUCCGCCUGCGCUCCAGCGGCUUCCACGCCCCAUCCAGAACCUUCCACAGCCUUCGCCCUUCCGUUCCACUUCCGCCGGUCGACCGCCGCCUCAACGUCGCGGCCUACGCCAUCUCCCUCCUCCCUUCCCUGCUCCCCGCCAACCCUGCCCUCAUCGACGCCGCCACCGGAGACACCGUCAGCUUCCCCCAGCUGCUCUCACAGAUCCGAUCCCUCGCCGCCGCACUCCGCUCGCGAGUCGGCAUCGCCAGGGGCCACUGCGUCUUCGUCCUCGCCCCGAUGCGCCUCGACAUUCCCCCGCUCUACCUCGCUCUCCUCUCCGUCGGCGCCGUCGUCUCCGCCGGCAACCCUGCCUCCACCCCGCGCGAGAUCGCCCACUUCAUUUCCAUCACCAACCCCCGCGUGGCCUUCGCCACCUCCGAAACCGUCGCCAAGCUCCCUGCGGGCCUCGCCGCCAUCAUCCUCGACUCGCCACGCUUCCGCUCGUUUCUCGACGGCGAUGGAGGGGAAGCGGCUGAGGAAGUGGCGCAGUCAGAUGUGGCCAUCGUGAAAUUCUCGUCGGGGACGACGGGGAUGAUGAAAGCGGCAGCGGCGUCGCAUCGGAACAUGAUCGCGAUCGUGGCGGGAUUUCACUCGUUACGGAACCCGGCGGCGGAGCGUCGUCGGGGCGGACCAGAAGCGACGGUUCUGGGAACGCCGUUGUUCCAUGGGAUGGGGUACAACUUUUUGUUAAAAGGAUUGGCGCUGGGUGAGACGACCGUGCUGACCGGGGGCAGGGCCAGAGUGAAGGAAAUGGUGCAGGCGGCGGAGAGGUACCGGGUGAACUCUCUGACGGCCACGCCGCCCGUGGUGGUUAAGAUGGCGAAUUGGUCAGAACCGUUGGACCUGGUGGCCCUGGAGCACGUGACCUGCGGCGGCGGACCACUCCCGGAGGCGGCCGCCGUGCGAUUCAUGAAACGGUUUCCCAAUGUUGAGCUCCGUCAGAUUUAUGGAUCCUCGGAAACUGGAACGAUAUCAAUGAUGAUAGAUCAGGACGAGUGUCGUCGUCUGCGGUCGGUUGGCCGUCUCGUCCAAAACGUUGAAGCUAUGCUUGUGGAUACUACCACAGGAGAAAGAUUGUCAGUCGGGCAGACUGGAGAGCUAUGGCUUAGAAGCCCUUCCAUCAUGCUAGGUUAUGUGGGAAAUGAAGAUGCAAAUGAUGCCACCUUCGAUUCCAGUGGCUGGCUGAAAACAGGGGAUCUCUGCUACUUUGACGAAGACGGGUUUCUUUUCAUUGUGGAUCGGUUGAAGGAGUUGAUAAAGUGUGGAGCCGCCCCGGUUUCACCUGCUGAGUUAGAGCAUUUGCUUCAACUUCUUCCCGGCAUUGCCGAUGCUGCUGUGGUUCCGUAAGUUCUAGCCAGUUAAUCUAGCUUUUGUAGAACUUGAAAUUCGCUGGGCUGAACCACCAGUGUUCUCAUCGGCAAGACUUUGAAACUCUGCACCUACUUCAACUUAAUGUUACAGAAGGAAUAUAAUAUAUCAUGUAAUCUUUUUCUUAUUUGCCAAGAGACCUUAAUGUGGUUGUUUGCUAAAGAACAGAUAUCCUGAUGAGGAGGUAGGUCAAGUGCCCAUGGCUUUCGUAGUACUACAGCCAGGAAUCAACCUCAGUGAAGAAGAAAUAAUGAAUUUCAUAGCCAAGCAGGUUUAUC